GGAGUCGGUAAAAACGUGUUAAUUUCAGUCGUCAAGGGGACGCUGUAAUGUCUGACCGGAUGAAAGACAAAUCCCAGCGAAGAGAGAAGAGGACAGGCAAGGUGCCCUCAGAGGCAAGCCAUGGAGUCAGAGGCAAAGAAACAACUGGCAGGACUAAAGACUCUAUAAGCACUGUGUCGUACAUAGACGAACUAGCACACCAUGAUGACAACGCUCGGAUGGCUGUAACAAUGGAGAACACCUACCAGACAGGACCUUACAAACGCAUCCCUGUUCCUGCUGUCACAGACAUACUAAAGGAUGUACUCACCAGUUACCUCCAAGAGGAGAAAUAUGAAGCAGAAUGGUCUCAGAAAAUGACUAAAACAAUAUGUGAGGUGAUAAGAGCUCGCGUGAAGGAUCUCAUGAUUCCCCGAUAUAAGAUUGUCGUCCUGGUCCACAUCGGCCAGCUCACGGGGCAGAGCAUGCAGAUCAGCAGCCGCUGUCUGUGGGACGCAUCUAACGACACGUUCGCGUCCUACUCCUUUAAGAACAGCUCUCUGUUCGGCGUGGCAACACUUUACGCUGUUUACUUUGAGUGA